GUGGCAGGUCCGGCUCCUCCCUGCGCGGAACCUGCCGGAAUGGAGCCGGGGCUUCGGGCUUGCGGGGGUCUCGGCUGUGGUAGCACCCCCUGGAACAGAUGAGGAGGAGGAUGCCCCGAAGCCGCGGCAAGAGCAGUCAUGCGCCACUCUCCGGAGCAACUGCCCCGACGAGGCAACCACGGACCGCGUCUGCUCCUCCUCCUCGGCGCCCUGCUAGCCCAGUGUCUUGCUGGCAGCACAUCCAGUGUUGCGGAAACGCUGCUCUUCGUGUCAACCCUUGACGGGAACCUCCACGCAGUGAGCAGGAAGACAGGAGAUGUCAAGUGGACCCUGAAGGAUGAUCCACCUCUGCAGGUGCCGGAUUACGUGGCAGAGCCAGCAUUUCUUCCAGACCCAAAUGAUGGCAGCUUGUAUGUCCUGGGAGGCAAGAACAAGGAAGGCCUUAUGAAGCUGCCUUUCACCAUCCCUGAGCUGGUCCAGUCUUCUCCUUGCCGAAGCUCGGAUGGGAUUCUCUACACAGGGAAAAAAGAGGACACGUGGUUUGUCGUGGAUCCAGCAUCUGGGAAGAAGCAGACCACACUGUCUACCGUGGCUUGGGAUGGUCUGUGCCCCCAAACUCCACUGCUCUACAUUGGACGCACUCAGUACAUCAUCACCAUGUAUGACACCAAGUCCCGCCACCUGCGUUGGAACGCCACCUACCUCGAGUACUCUGUCCCGUUUCAGGACCAGAACAAUGACUACGAAAUGGCCCACUUUGCCUCUAGCGGAGACGGCCUGCUGGUGACGGUUGGCAAGGAGAGCGGGCAGGUGCUGUGGAUGCAGGACUACGGCUCCCCUGUGGUUGGCGUGUACACCUGGCGCCAGGACAGCUUGCAGCGGAUGCCCUACCUCAACGUUGCCGUGGAGAGUCUGCGCUACCUCGUCCUGCGCUCCCAGGACAGUCAUUUCUUCAUCCACUGGAACUACCAGUCCACCAAGGACUUCACCGCCAAGACUCGGCUGCUGCCAACGCUGUACGUGGGCAAAUACGCUGCAGGUUUCUACGCCUUGACGUCCUUGGUGCAUGAGGGCACAGCUCUUGUUCCUCAGGGGCUGACACUGGCCCGCAGCAAUGGCCCCACCACGGAAGAUGUGACGAUCCAGAAGUCCGGCGAGUGCGAGAUCACGCCCAGCACGAGCGUCAAGUACCCACAGGGCAGCAUCACCAUCCCCCACAGCCAGUGGCUGCUGAUUGGGCACCACGAGUUGCCACCCGUGGUCCACACCACCAUGCUGAGGGCUUUCCCUGAGACUCUGCGGAGGAGCCCAGAGCUUAUCCUGCCCCACAGCUCCUCUCCCAGGACCCUCUUUGACGAUUUCCUGGCCUCACAUAGCCAGAGGGCACAUCCUGAGGAUGGCUGGCACAGCGGAGACCCCCGCUUGGAGAUGGAGCAGACGGAGAUUUACCCUGGGUUCAGCCGCUUGGAGCUGGUGACGGCUGGCGUGGCUGCUGUGUUUGUGGGCGGGGGGCUCUUCUUCCUCCUUCUCUGGCAAAUGCAACAGCAACAGAACCGAGAGCAGCAGCGGCAGCAGCUGGAGGAGAAGUUGCAGCUCCUGCAGCAGGAGCAAGGAAUGGGGCGGCCCCCUGCCAGUCACAGCUCUGGGGAGCAUCCUCCCACAGCGUCCAGGGAUUCACCAGGAAUAACUCCAGACCAGAGUUUGGGCCCUUCUUCUUCUGAAUGGACGGAUGGGGAGACGAGCCAGAGUCUUCUUGUCAGAAGCAGCAGCCCAGCGGGUGCUGACCUAGAAACCAUCCAGGUGGGGAAGAUCUCCUUCAAUCCCAAGGAUGUCCUGGGCCGUGGGGCAGGGGGCACCUUUGUCUUCAGAGGUCACUUUGAUGGGCGCCAAGUGGCGGUGAAGCGCCUGCUUCCCGAGUCCAUCCACCUGGCGGAUCGGGAGGUGCAGCUGCUGCGCGAGUCGGACGAACACCCCAAUGUGGUGCGCUACUUCUGCACAGAGAUGGACAGGCAGUUCCACUACAUUGCCAUCGAGCUGUGCUCUGCCACGCUGCAGGAGUAUGUGGAGAGCCCCAUUUUCAACCGGCAAAGUCUGGAUCCCGUCUCGCUGCUACAUCAAACCAUGUCUGGGUUGGCUCAUUUGCACUCCCUCAGCAUAGUCCACCGCGACCUGAAGCCCUGCAACAUCCUGAUCUCGGCCCCAAACAGCCACGGAAAGAUCCGCGCCAUCAUCUCCGACUUCGGCCUGUGCAAGAAGCUGCAGAGGGGGCGGCGCAGUUUCAGCCUCCGCUCCGGCAUUCUGGGCACCGAGGGGUGGAUUGCGCCCGAGGUGCUGAGGGAGGACCCAAAGGAGAACCCCACGAGUGCAGUGGACAUCUUCUCGGCCGGCUGCAUAUUUUACUAUGUUGUGUCCAGCGGGCAGCAUCCCUUUGGAGACGGCUUUCACCGCCAGGCAAACAUCCUCACCGGGGCCUACCAGCUGCCGCAUCUCCAACAGGAGACACAUGACAACGUCAUCGGCCGGGAAUUGAUAGAAGCCAUGAUCAGUGGCGACCCCCGUUUGCGUCCGUCGGCCACGCAGGUCCUCCUUCACCCCUUCUUCUGGAGCCACGAGAAGCAGCUGCAGUUCUUCCAGGAUGUCAGCGACCGCAUUGAAAAGGAGCCAGCAGAUGGGCCCGUUGUCCGUGCACUAGAGGCCAGAGGGCAAGUGGUGGUGAGAGACAACUGGCGGACGCAUAUCUCCAUCCCCCUGCAGACAGACCUCAGGAAGUUCCGUACGUACAAAGGCAACUCGGUGCGUGAUCUCUUGAGGGCCAUGAGGAAUAAGAAACACCAUUACCACGAACUGCCCAGCAGCGUCCAGGAAACGCUGGGGGCCGUCCCGCGUGGGUUUGUCCAGUACUUCACGUCCCGUUUCCCUUGCCUCUUGCUGCACACAUACCAGGCCAUGCGCCUUUGUGCCACGGAGAGGCCGUUGCAAGCGUAUUACCCCCCUCCGUCCUGAUUGGACCACGCAGGGACAUGCAGGCGGCAAAUGGCAGGAAACUGAUCUCCUUGGAGGAUGGAAGAACCGGCUGUGGGGCCCAGGAUGCCUUGUGGCGGAGGAGUGAUUUCCUCCAUUGGUGAGUGGAGGCAUCAGCCUACACCAGCAUGCUCUCUGGACCAUUUGCAGGAGGACCCGGUUCAGCAAAGCCACUCCAGGAUUGCGCCAUCAUUGUGCUUUCGGCAAAGCAAAUUUCCUGUAGAACAGAAAGCCCCUUUUGGUAGAAGAACAGUAUACAGAGGUGUUCCUUCUCAAUCAGACCACUGGGCCGUUUAGCUCAUUAUCAUCUAGUGACAGGCAGUCGCUCUUUGGGGUUUCAGGCAAGUGUCCUUCUUAGCCCUGCCUGGAGAUAGAGCAUUUUGCAGGGCUUUAAUGCAAGAGAGGACUGCUUUAUCUUCAAGC